UCGUUCCCGAUCCUAGAUGUAAACCGAUCCCCGCUAGAGUCAACCUUUUGUACUGAGAAGGGGGAGGAGAAUAAUAUCCCCCUUUCUUUUUCCUUCUUUCCUCUGGCUCUAUCGUUCUCCUUCGUCGCAAUUUUUUUUCAGAAUUUCCUGUUUGAAAUGUUCAAAGCGGAUAUGACCGGAUCACACAGGUGUGUCCUCAACUGAAGCACAAUUUACUACGGAAACACACCUGGCUUAAUCAUGUGAUUUGGUACCUGGGCGUGGAGAAAAUAUUAAGCUGUUUUUUUGCCGUGGGAUUUUUUUGUUCUAAGUUGUUCGUGUAGCUUCCCGGCGUUUCAUGGAAUGGUCUUUUUUUUAUAUCUCAUCUUUCUGGCUUAGGGGAGUGAGUGAGUAAGAUGUGAACUUUUUCUCGCGUCGAGGAUCGUGGAUAUAUUUCGCUUUUGUUGUGUAACGGGGAAACGAAAUUUGGAUUACUUGAGUGUGUUCAACCGCUGUGCUUUCAAGACAUGGCGAGGUGGCUCCCCGCUGCCCUGCUGCUGACGUGCUUGUGCGCCAGUCGCUGCCACGUGGAACCCCCACCGGAGUUCACGUCCGACACCCACAUAAGCAACGCCGUGCGGGACCCCCGGACGGGCCGCGUCUACCUGGGCGCCGUCGACGCCGUCUACCAGCUGGACGCCGAGCUCCAGCCGCAGCGGAAGGCGGAGACAGGCCCGCGGCCGGACAGCCCCGGCUGCACCCCGCCCAUCUCCCUGAACUGCGCAGACCCCAAGCUGACACACAACGUCAACAAGCUGCUGCUGGUCCACGAGUCCAACGGCUCGCUGGUGGUCUGCGGGACCCUCUUCAAGGGCCUCUGCUCCCUGCUCAACCUCAGCAACGUGGCGGAGCAGGUCUACUACAACGACGGCAAGGGCGAGAAGACCUACGUGGCCAGCACCGAGGCCGCCGUGUCGGUGGUGGGCGUCAUGUCCAACGUCACCAAGGAGGGCGAGGACUUGCCCGUGUUCCUGGUGGGGAAGGGCUACGGCGGCCCGGACAUCAACAGGCUGAUCAGCACCCGCAUCCUGCAGGACUACCGCGAGUGGGUGGUGUUCGAGAACAUCGUGGAGGCGCCCGCCCUGCAGGCCAUGCCCAAGUACCUGCACAACUUCCGGCACGCCUUCGCGGAUGGCGGCUACAUCUACUUCCUGCUCUCCCGCACCACGGGCGGCACCGACAACAAGAACUUCACCUUCGUGGCGCGCCUGUGCGAGAGCGACGCGAAGUACUACUCCUACACAGAGCUGCAGCUGGACUGCGGCCCCGGCAACGCCUACAGCAAGGUGCGCGCGGCCUACGUGGCGACGCCCGGCGCGGAGCUGGCCCGCCAGCUCUCCCUGGAGCACGGCCCGGUGACGCCCGACGACAAGGUCCUGUUCGCCGUCUUCGGCGGCGACGAGGACGGCGCCGGCUCGGCCCUCUGCAUGUACCCCCUGAAGGCCGUCAAUAAGUAUGUGCGGAACAUCAUCCACGCCUGCUACGAAAACAAAGGGAUGAUCGGCUCCGACGUGGCCGUCUACCCGCCUUACAUCAGCCCCCGCACGGACAUCUGCACGACAUCUAAUCCCGGCCUGGCUGACGACUUCCCGUGCGGCGCAGACUUCCUGACGUCCCCGCUGGCCGGCACGAAGAUAUCAGCCUUGCGCGCCACGGCCGUGCACGAGAAGAAGGUCCAGCUGACCGCCGUGGCCAUCGCAGUGGAGGAGGAGCACACCGUGGCCUUCCUGGGCACCAGCAAAGGAGAGGUGUACAGGGUGCAUUUAUCCAGCCCCCCUGUCGAGUAUGGCCCGGAUCUCGGAGACAGCUCCGGCAGCAAAGUGAACAAAGACCUCUUCUUUGACACGAGCAGCGACCAUCUUUACAUCACCACCGAGAAGAAGAUCAGCAAAGUGGCGGUGCAGGCGUGUGGCCAGCAGACCUCCUGCGAGGCUUGCAUAGGUCAGAAGGACCCAUACUGCGGCUGGUGCGUGCUGGAGGGCAGAUGCAGCCGGAAGCGGGACUGCAAGGGGGCGGCGGUGCAGAAUGGCUGGCUGUGGAGCCCGGGGGGGCACUGCGUGAAGAUCGAAUCCUUCAGCCCCCCCAGCAUCAGUUGCAGGAAGACCCAGCAGGUGGAGAUCAGCAUCCCUUCCCUCCCCAGCGUCCCGGAGCCCGACAAGCUGCACUGUCGGUUCGGCUCUUUCUUCACCAGCAACGGGCUGAUGGAGGGGUCAAAGGUCGUCUGCGCUCUGCCCGAUCCAAGCCAGCUCCCACCCACCCCCGGCAAACAAGAUUUCGUGGCGGUCCCAGUGACCAUCACAGUGAACCAGUCAGUGGAGGUGGCCGCCGGGGAGUUCAAGUUCUACAACUGCAGCGCCACGGCCAGGAGGGCGGAGAACAUUCCGUGCACGUCCUGCGUGUCCAGUGAGUGGGGCUGUCAAUGGGACACACUGACCCACACCUGCACCGACGGCGACCUUUCAGCAGGGGGCGCUCACAUCAUCGAACACCAGCAGGCCCAGAGCUGUCCGCGUUUCGAGAACCCGGACCCCAGCCUCAUUCCCGUGGGUUUCAAAACACCCAUCCACUUCACAGGAGUGAACCUGGAGGUGAGAGACAAUAAAGCGCUGGUGAUCGGCACGGACCUGAUGAAGCACGAGGAGGAAGUCAUCGUGCUGGAGGCGGGCUCUCAGUUCAAGUUCGACGGGUACGAGUUCGACUACGACAAAGCCCAGACGGUGGACGUGCUGUUCUACGUGAAGGACCGGGACACGGAUAAGAAGAUCGACAGCAUGCUGAACGUCACCCUGUAUAACUGCUCCCGGGACCGGGAGGACUGCAGCCUGUGUAAGAACGCCGAGCCGGAGUACGGGUGCGUGUGGUGCGCCGGAACCAGGACCUGCGUCUACAGCCAACUCUGCGCGGAGGAGGCCCCGGUGUGCCCUGACCCAACCAUCGCCGAGGUCAUCCCCAGCUACGGCCCUCUGAAAGGGGGCAUUCUAGUGACCAUCAAAGGGUCUAACCUGGGCAUCAAAAAGGAAGAUAUCAAGAGCAUCACCGUGGCCGGGGUGCCCUGCUCUCACCAGCUGGACAGAUACUCCGUCUCCACCAGUGUGGUGUGUGAAGUGGGCCCGGUGGACACCCCCGACACCGUCACAGGGGAGGUGAAGGUGGAGGUGGAGGGGGGGAAGACUGGGACGUCUACGGUCCAAUUCACCUACAGGGACCCCAAGCCUGAAGCGGUUCAUCCGACAAAAGGUCCGAAAGACGGCGGGACAGUGAUCACCAUUUCAGGCACCGACCUAGACACAGCCGCCAAGGAGGACCUCCGCAUCACUGUGGGGGAAGUGGUCUGCUCUGUGGAGUCGUUCGGGAGUGACAUCACGUGCAGGGUGGGCAAAUACAUGGAUUCGACGGUGCCCUCCGGCCUGCUGACCGUUACGGCAAAGUACGGAAAGAAUACCAGCGUGAAGGUCCCCGAGGCCUUCCAGUUCUACCCGAACCCCAAAGUGGUGGGCCAUCAUCCCACGAGCAGCUUCGUAUGCGGGGGAAGAACGAUCGUGGUGACCGGAACGGGGUUCGACCUCAUCCAGAGGGCGUCCAUGGUGGUCCGUCACUCAGCCGACGAGUGCUCGAGUCCGCCUAACCCAACCAAGACUCCCCAGGAGUUUGUGGAGGAGGCCCUGAGAAAAAACAACACGGCGCUGUACUUCCACUCGCCGGCGGUGGACUCCGCCAAGUGCCUGAGGGCCUACGUGGCCCUGGACAACGUGCAGGCCCCCCUGGAGUCCUUCAGCUACCACCCCAACCCCCAUUUCGACGACAUCACCAAGAGGGUCAUCACGGAGAACAGCAUCAUCUCAGUCACUGGCCGGGGUUUCACGGACGCCAUGACCCGCGAGGAGGCGCAGGCGUUCGUGGGAGACGCGCUGUGCCCGGUGACCUCCCUGCAGAAAGACCGGCUGUUCCUGGACCCGCCCCCCACGCCGCCCAAAGCCAAAUCCAACCGGCCCAAGAGGGACACCAGCGAGGAGCUGGAGCUGAUGAUUAAGUUUGGGAAGGGAGAGUGGGUGGUGGGCUCGGUCGAGUACGAGAAGAAGUACGAGGCGCCCCUGGCCAUCAUCAUCCCCGCCAUCAUCAUCCCCAUGGUGCUGAUCAUCGCCGUGUCCAUCUACUGCUACAGGAGGAAGAGCCAGCAGGCGGAGAGGGAGUACGAGAAGGUGAAGAACCAGCUGGAGAACCUGGAGGAGAGCGUGCGUGACCGCUGCAAGAAGGAGUUCACAGAUCUGAUGAUUGAGAUGGAGGACCACACCAGCGACCUGAGCGAGGCCCGGAUCCCCUUCCUGGACUUCAAGACCUACACGGACCGGGUCUUCUUCCUGCCGUCCAAGGACGGCGCCAACGACGUAAUGAUCACGGGCAAGGUGGACAUCCCCGAGGCCCGGCGGGCCACGGUGACCCAGGCCCUCAACCAGUUCUCCAACCUCCUCAACAGCAAGACCUUCCUCAUCAACUUUAUCCGCACCCUGGAGGGGCGCCCGGACUUCAACGCCCGGGAGAAGGUGUACUUCGCCUCCCUGCUGACGGUGGCCCUGCACGGGAAGCUGGAGUACUACACCGACAUCAUGAGGACCCUGCUGCUGGAGCUGAUGGACCAGUACGUCCACAGCAAGAACCCCAAGCUCAUGCUCCGCAGGUCAGAGACAGUGGUGGAGAGGAUGCUGUGCAACUGGAUGUCCAUCUGUCUCUACCAGUUCCUGAAGGACUCUGCCGGGGAGCCCCUGUACAAGCUGUUCAAGGCCAUUAAGCACCAGGUGGAGAAGGGCCCCGUGGACGCGGUGGUGAAGAAGGCCAAGUACACCCUGAACGACACGGGCCUGCUGGGGGACGACGUGGAGUACUGCACGCUGUCUGUGCAGGUCCUGGUGCAGGCGGAAGGGCCGGACGUCACCUUGGUGAAGGUGCUGAACUGCGACACCAUCUCCCAGGUGAAGGAGAAGAUCAUCGAGCAGGUGUACAGGAACUUGUCCUACUCCCAAAGACCCAAGGCCGACGGUGUCACUCUAGAGUGGCGCCCCGGCUCCACGGGGCAGAUCCUGUCAGACCUGGACGUGACAUCACAGAAAGAGGGCAGGUGGAAGCGGAUGAACACCUUGGCGCACUAUAACGUGCGAGACAACGCUACCUUGGUCCUGUCCCGGGUGCCGCACCCCCCGCAGUCUGUCAACCAGCACCAGGACAGCCACGAAGAGAAAAACGCCCUGCUGGACGAGGACAAGGUGUUCCACCUGGUCCGCACAGCAGAGGAGCUGGACGAGAUCAAGUCCAAGAGGGGCAGCGUGAAGGACAAGUCCAUGACCAAAGCCAUCACCGAGAUUUACCUGACCCGGCUGCUCUCCGUCAAGGGCACGCUGCAGCAGUUUGUCGACGACUUCUUCCGGGGCGUCCUGUGCCCGGGCAUGACGGUGCCCCCGGCGAUCAAGUACUUCUUCGACUUCCUGGACGAGCAGGCGCUCAAGCACGACAACGUGGACGAAGAGACCGUCCACAUCUGGAAAACCAACAGCUUGCCACUAAGAUUCUGGGUGAACAUCCUGAAGAACCCCCACUUCAUCUUCGACGUUCACGUGACCGAGGUGGUGGACGCCUCCCUGUCGGUCAUCGCCCAGACCUUCAUGGAUGCCUGCACCAAGACCGAGCACAAGCUCAGCCGGGAUUCCCCAAGCAACAAAUUACUCUAUGCAAAGGAGAUCUCCACUUACAAGAAGAUGGUGGAUGAUUACUACAAUGGCAUCAGGCAGAUGGUGCCGGUCAGUGACCAGGACAUGAACACGCACCUGGCGGAAGUGUCGCGGGCCCACACAGACAAACUCAACACACAGGUGGCCUUGCAUCGACUGUACCAGUACGCAAGCAAGUACUAUGACCAGAUCAUCGCCUCUCUGGAAGAGGACCCUGCCGCUCAGAGCAAGCAGCUGACCCUGAGGCUGCAGCAGUUAGCGGCUGCCCUGGAGAACAAAGUGACGGACCUCUAACGUCAUGGGAAGAGAGGGUGGGGGGGGGGGGGUACCAGAGCUCAGUACUGAUGCAGGGUUUAUUUUAGCAGUCAAAGGUACCAAAAAAACUCAGGGUGGGGAGGGGGGCAGGACAAAACCGCCAAUCGCUAAGCGGGAGACUUUUUCUUAAGACGUAGCUUAGAAACCAGGCCUUAACCUCCUUCUCCCCAUACUGCCACAGGCUCGCGCUCUCACCGCGGCCAGCCAGAUCCUCCCCCACGAGCCCAUCGCGGCUGGAGACGCCACAUCCCCCCGCGUAUCAUUCCAGUGGCAAACAUCACAGCGGAAAUAAGCCCUGCAUCUUUCACCGGCUUUAAUAAUAAGAUGUUGAAUUUCUUCCUGUGUAGAAAAGAUUGAGAAUAGUAUUAUAUAUAUAUAUUUUUUAAUCGUGCAGUCUUUAUCCAGAAAGCUUUAUAAGAGGAAAUUAACUUUUUAAAAACCGGUUUUAUUUCUAUUGCGUUUAUAAAGAGGCCAUUUCCUUUAUCCGCAUGUAGAACCGUCACUUCUGAAACCUGAUCAUGGCCGACAAAUCGUGAAUGAUUAUUGUGUUGUUAUUAUUAUUUUUUAAAAGGUUAUUUUGAAGAUUGUUAUUGUUUUUAUUCUAUGAAAUCAGCUCUUUUGCUCUCAUGUACCCGGCAUACAGUCAUAGUUACUAAAACCAGGCAGCGCUGGUGUUGCAGAUUGAAAGGUUUAAUGGGAUGUUUAGAAUGUUCAUUUUUCCACAAAACCCAGGCAGUCUCUCAAAUAGUCCGCUAGUUCCAUGUAUAGUAGACUAACUAGAGUGUCGGCCAUUUUGUGUAAAAUGCCUUGGACUGAACUCGACUGUGUGUUUGCAAGUUUCGUGCCCUGCGCUCUUAUACCACGUGUCUGAACAUUCUCUUUAGUGGACCAAUUUAGUUUGCAGAUUAAAGCUUUGGAGAAGACCGCGUAGUAAGUCCGUCUCGUGCAAGCACUACAAAGGCUGGCUUUGUCUCUCUAGACUGAGAAACAAGACUGAGAAAUCUUCAAACAAACGGUCUAAUUAGUUAGCUUUUACCGUGGAACGCACGCUUAUAUCAUAGAGGUUACUGCUACUUAUGUGAAAGCACACUGUGGACGAUCGCUAACGUAAGGGUGUAAUUUCUGAGCUGUCGGAGUGUACGUAGCCUACAGUGAAACUAGAAUGAAAUGACCGCAAAACAACACGACAAUGUGAAGUCCUGAACUUGGGACCGCCAUCGUUCUCGACCAUCCUGGUGCAACCUUGAGUUCUUCCAGCUGCUUUUGUAAAACCUUAGUGCCGUGUUACCAUCCUUUCGCAACUACGUUGUGCAGCAAUUCCGGCAGAGGAAACGGCGAAAUUGUUACGGCAGACACUCAACUCAUAAAUAAGCAUAAAUUAAAGGGAAUCCGCGCAUUUUUGUUUUUGUGUUUUUUCGAUUGUGUAACUGCAAAGCCGCCCCAGUUAGCCGUCAGUACUGAGCCGUUGAAGUUCAGUGACUGCAUUCCUGAUCUCGCCUAAAUGUCUCCUUGGUUUUAAUUUGAAGAUCACCGUUAAAACAGCAGUGCCAUAAACAAACUUAACCUGUAAUUAAUUUAAGAAAUUGCUUUGUAUCCAUAGUCUAUUUUUGUAGUUUUAAAGGAGGCAUAAAUUGAAAAAGUGGAAAGAGCUGUGUAGCUGAAUGGUACGUGAAUUUUAAUGUGAAUUUUAAAAAUAAUUUUCCGUAUUUAUUUUGACGACUUUCGUAAACUUUCUUUCUUCAGAUUGAAAGGGAACCUCCACUGGGGGCGGGGGGAAAAAAACAAAAAGUCAAAACUCAGAGAAUAAAUGUUAAAUUGUUGGUAAAAUUUCAUGUGUGCGCAUUGUGCUGAAAACACAGUAGAGCAGCAUACCUUGGGACUGCUAUCUCUGGCUCAAAGGUGUUCCCUUCUGAAGGGAAGUAGCAUUAUUGGUCACUAAUUUGCAAUCAUUUGUUCCCCUUCGCCUUUGUAUCAAGUCAGGGACUCACGUCCACUGACGUGACACGUCUCACUACUAACCGUGAGCUUAAAACAAUGUCACUAACUUCCGCCAUCUUUUAAAGACACAGCUACAGGAAAAAUGGCCCUUCGUCAUGCAGGAAACCAUAACUUGGUGGGUUUCUGGCCAGGUUAAGGCACCAUGCUAUGGUGCAUGGAUGAGCCACGUGGUCUUGGAUCAAAUCUGGACCAUGACAGUGCCAACUGGGGCUGGUAGCUCCGUAGGGCAAUGGAGGGUUCGGUCAGAUAGGGAUCCGCGUUUCAUCGCUCUCAGGUGACCCCCGCUGGUUGACUGAGUACCCGUGGACUGCAGGCUAAAGCAGCACAUGAAAGGUCUUCCUCUGACUCCGCUCUGUACGAGCUUAGCCGUGGUCUGCGGUGUGAAAAGAAGCACCUGGCAACACCACAAGUUUCAGGGGAGAACCGUGGAUGUCACUCUCCCAAACCGGCUGGGUGGUCUCGCAUUAACAAGCCUGCGGCAGCAGCUAAUUGGCUGUUCCAAAUUAGGGUGGGAAUUGGACAUUCUCAGCCCCACAUCGAGCACCAAAUUAUUCUUUUUUUAAAAGAAAUAAAGAAAAGGCAACAAGCCCUAGAUACCGGAUACCAGAUAGCAAACACCCCAAGGGAGACGAUCGAGCCAGAAAUCCCAAAAUAAUCCGUUGUCAAGCGAAAGCCAUUUUUCCCUAAGAAAAGGGAGCAGCUUACCAUUCUUUGCCAUUCCGAGCAUUACGAGUCCGUGUUUGAGCCCAUUUCCGGUGUACGUUCCCUUUUAAUCCACAUUAACACAUCCUGCGGACGCUGGCUCCAUGUGCUCCACAUCAAGGUUUGAUGGCAGCUUCCACAUCUGGCUCCACCCCACAGUACAGAAUAGGUUUCCAGUGGGAGGGGACUUUUAUCUCAAUUACUUCUGAACUACAGGCUUAAUAAUUCCAGCACUGACAGCUGACCGGAACGUUUUCUUCUUUCUGUCCUUUAACCGAAAUGUGCCUUAGUAACAAUAAAAGUGAGAAGGGUAAUGUUUCAAAUUAUAAGGAUUCAGCAAUGUUUUUGCAGCCACAGGGGGGCGGUACUAAUGCGCGUUGAUAAUUGCACGCCAGUUCGAAUGCGUUUGGACCGAACAAAUGCGGACGGUCUCUUCCUCACUGUUCAAAGCGCGAAUUUGCUCAGGCGUCUGUCCAAAUGUACCGGGAGAACCUCGAAUGGCAAACGCAUUUGACACCUAUGAAAUUCGCAAGAAUGGGAAAAUUGAGUAAUUUAAACUUUCAGUUUAUAUAGUCAGUUUAUAGCCUUGUGUUACAUGUUCUUUCCUGAAAACUGACCUUCCAAAAUGUUCCUCUGUAUGUCUGAGACGAUAUCUGUGUAUGUAUCUGUACUCGACAAUAAUGACCUUUUUACUGCUGUGCAGUUGUUUUAAUUUCCCGGUUUCGCAUAGCGUCUAGCGAUUGUAAACAUGUUGACAUGCUGUGGUCCGAUGGUGUAAUCCUAUGCACGGUGCCUUAGGAGGCUCCCCGUUGUUGUGCCGUUGUCGAGAACCUUUGCUUUCUCUUGUGAAUGUGAAACGAUAUCGGACAGCGGGAAAGCGCAGUCGCUACGUAACAAACUCCCGUCAUCUCCUCCCGUCCGAGGCAGCCGUAGACGGCACUCUGAUGAAACGCACCGCGGCCCUAUCUCGUCCGUGCAGGUCUCGUCCAAGCGCUCGGAGGCUGGAAGAUGGAGUGCUCGGUCACAGGCUGUGUCACGCCCGCUCCCCGCGGAAUAAGGAGAACACUGGGAUGGGGGGCGGUUUUGUUAAGGAUGGAGUCCUUUGCUCGUUUAAAGCCUGUUUUGGGGACAGCUCUUGACUGUGUUCUUUGGACUGCAGUUCAAGUACUUUAGUACUGAAUUGGGUGAUUCACAUGCCUCUUGACUUCAUUUUCAGUCCUCCAGCCACACCAGGCUGGCCCAUAAUGCAACAGCCAACCCCUUCCCCCUCCCCGAGCAAUCGCCAAGUUUACCAACAUUUGCGUUCUGUUCAACAAAACCGGCCAUCAUUUGAGGGAAUAUGUGGAAAAGAAAAUGUACGCGUUCGCUGUUUUAUUGUGAACUGCUUGACAUUUUCUUAGGAGACCUUCAGCAAUGGCCGUGAAAGUGUGUCAAGAAAUCUUCUCUUUAAACCACUAACAGCUUCUAAAGAUAAAUAAAAAAAAGAUGAAAGAA